UCCAACGGUGCGCAAUUCAUCUACUCCUUGUUGUAUUUGAUGAUGAUCUAUAACGUCACCUUGGUCAGCCAGCAGGAGCGGGACUGGGGCAAGCUCGAGUAUGGGCGCAAACGUCUUCGAGCCACCAUCGUAGCCGGCGAGAGCUUCGCACAAGAUUAUCUCUUGCAGCUCCCAAAGAAAAUUCUGUUCCCAACCAUGGCCUACAGCGUCCUGACGCACUGGAUGCUUGGUGAAGCGCUUCAAACCCAGGAAGCCAUAUGGCUCGAAAACGCUGACGGUCGUCAUGUCGAGCACUCAAGAUACAAUAUCACCUACGCUGCAUAUCCCGUAUGGGCAGCAACGUUCCUCAGCUUACUGAUGACUGGCGUGUGUUGGUGGGCUUUCACAUACAGACGCGAGGGAUUUAUCCCACAGAUGUUCGGUAGCAUCAGAGUGCUUUGCGCGGCGACGACACAGCUAGACGAUUUCCCUUCGAACGGUAUACAAUGGGGCGAUCUGGGAGAGGGAUCGCAAUUUCGGCAUGCUGGGCUUGCUGCGGAACAGAUUCAGAAGAUUGUACCAAACGCUCUCUACGCUGGGAAAGAUGCAAGAGGCAAGGAAGAAUGGGGAUGCCAACAGUAUGCUCAAAAGACGUACGCUGCCGGAGGCCAGACCGAAACUUGA